AUGAAGCCAAAAACAUCUCUUUCCCAGCCAAAGGAAAGGACUUGCUGUCAAGUAUUCUGGGCUAUCUUUCCCCAUGCUUGCUUCAUUUGUUCUUUAGUGGUCUAUGCCCUUCUGGGAGCUCUCAUGUUUUCUCAUGUGGAAGGCUGCAGACAGAGCCAUGAAAGUGAAGCAUACAGGAGCUUCAUGCUGAGACUGUGGAAUCUUUCAAAGGAUUUGUCAGAUAAUGAGACCAACAAUGAGAUAUUUACAAACAGAACACGUGACCUGAUCAAUGAAAUUGACUUUGCAUGGUUUAUUGAUCCCUCAAAGAAAUGGUCCUUCCUUGGCUCUCUCUUUUUCUGCUGCACUGUCUUCACAACAGUGGGUUAUGGUCAUAUUUAUCCUGUGACAAGACUUGGGAAAUACUUGUGCAUGUUGUAUGCAUUGUUUGGCAUACCUCUCAUGUUCCUAGUCCUUACUGACAUGGGCGACAUCCUAUCAGCUAUUUUAUCCACCUCUUACAAUCGAGCCCGGAAACUGCAAUCCAAAGUGUUAGCCAGGCUUUCUUUUGGGUCUUGUUGUAAGAAAAACCCUGAUUCCAAAGGAGGCUCAGCUUCCCUUGGGCCAACCAAAAUAGUUCUUCUUGAACCUUUAAAUAUUAGGGAUGCUUUGAAAAAUAAUUCUUCCUUUAAGAAAAAGCCUGGACAGUAUCAAAACAUUGAGAUUUUUGAAAGGCUUAUUGUCAGAGAAAAUGCAUUUCUUACACCGCCAAACCUGACCAGAUUUGAACGAUGGAAUUCGUGUCCUGAAUUAGACAAAGGAGCAAUGGUGAAUCACAUGAUUAGCAACAUCAAUAACAUAGGGAAGGAAGUAGAGAAGUUGGAUGUGCCCUUUUCACUGAUGACUUUGAUUGUUUUUGCAUACAUCUCCUGUGCUGCGGCUGUUCUUCCCCAUUGGGAAAGAGCCUUAAAUUUUGAGGAAGCUUUCUAUUUUUGUUUUAUCACCUUAACCACCAUUGGCUUUGGUGAUGUCAAACUGCAGCACCCCAACUUUUUUUUGUUUCUCUCAGUUUAUAUUGUGGUUGGCAUGGAAAUUGUCAUAAUUGCUUUCAAGCUGGGACAAGACAGGAUCCUUGGUCUGUACAAGAAGCUGCUUUUCUGCAUCAGUCGAAAAAAAGUUUCAGACAAAACAGCAUGA